CACAGAGAGAGGAACAACGUGCCCCAUUUAAAUUUACUCCUCAGAAUGAACAUUUUCUACAUUUUUUAUAUCAUCAUACUUGUAGAAUCUAAUUGCGGACGAAUUCACAAAGUUCCGAUCAAUGAGAAUCAAGCAGACAUGCGUCAUGCCGAAAGUGGAAACUGUCGUGGCACUGUUUUAUCUAAUGCCCAGAAAAAAAUCAUUGAAAAAGCAAGCAAUAUCGCACAGAAAGCAGCGCAAGAAGCAAAAGCCGCGUCUGAAGCACAAAAUGUUGCUGGUCAACAAGCAGCGCGUCAAGUAAAGGCUCAACUGGCAGAGAAGGCCGUUCAAGCUGCCAAAGCCGCUGAAGCGGCUUUAUCGAGUAAGGAAGCGAUAGUCGAACAGCUGCUAGAAGAAGUGAAGGAAGCACGAUCGGUUGUUCAGGAAGAAACGUCUUCCUUGCAACAAGCGCAAGUUAAUGUCAAUGCAGCAAUACAGGCAGCACGGCAGUCACAAGAUCAGUUGAAGACAUUGACGAAUGCAGUGCGUACAGCUAAAUCGAACGCGGCAAACGCCCAGGCGGCUGCGAGUGGAGCGCAGAAAUCAUUACGAGAGAAAGAGGAGCUAUUGGAGGCGGCCAAGAGGCGAGUGGACGAACUAUCGAAUCAAUUGCGAAGUGCCCGGCAGGAUCUUGUGAAUACGAAUCGUGCAGCGGCCAAAGCUAAUGCUGCUGCGCAUGAGGCGAAAGUGAACGCUAGAAAUAAAAGGAGAUUGGCGAAUCUUAGAAGAUUGCGGGCGAUACACUCAACUGCAACGCGAACUAUUUCUUGAAAUGAGACAUGCAGGAAGACUUUUCCAAGUGCAUAUUUAAUUAUUAACAAGACUAUGCACUUUAGUAGUUUUGAGCGAUUUUUUUUUACAAAUAUACAGAUUUCGAGUUUGUAUAUGUCCUUUGUAAUAAAUAAUUGGAAAAAAUGCAGAUUGAAUAAUUUUAGGAAAUUACACAUGAACACUACUUAACAAAUCAUAUUUGAUGACUUAUUAUAUGAGCAUAAAUAAAAAGGAUAUCAUGAUGAUAAAGCGGAUUAAUUACUGAUAUUUAGAUAUGCAGAUUAGUAACAGGAUAGUAACAGGAUAGUGAAAGGAUAAUGCAGAUAGUGAAAGGAUAUUGUAUUGUGUGUUUAUUACAAAGUAAUAACACACAAUA